GGGGCUUGUGGAACAGCCACGGAGUUCUCGCGCGGCGUUCAAGAUGGCGGCGUUCUGUGAGGCGUUCACGUUGUGCACCUUAGCUGGUGCUCCCACUCACGCUCCAUUGGGGCUGGAGCCGGACGCAGACCGGGUGCUGCUGACUGACCGAGGCCGGACGGUGACGCUGUAUAAGGUUUCUGAUCAAAAACCACUGGGUUGCUGGUCAGUCAAACAGGGCCAAACAAUUACAUGCCCAGCUGUGUACAAUUCUGAAACAGGCGAAUUCAUUGUUGUCCAUGAUGAGAAGGUUUUACAGAUAUGGAAGGAAAAUGACACUAAUUUGGAUAAAGUUUUUAAAGCCACGUUGUCAGCAGAUGUGUAUCGGAUGCAUUCAUUGCCUCAUACUGAACCACUGGUCCUGUUCAAGGGUGGUGCCGUUAAGAGUUUAGAUGCUUUGCUAGCAGCACCUCAGCAAGAAAUUGAAAACAUCUUUUCAGAUGAAGUUAUUAAAUGGAGUGAUGCUUUCAUGGGAGUUGAACAGCCUGUUCUUAUAUUUAUUACUGAGCAGGAUGGGAAUUACUUCAUAUAUGUUCAGCAGCGUAAUCCAUGCAUCCUUCAGAAGUUUAAGCUUGAUCAAGGGAAUGAGUCAUCCACUCCAGUGAGCUUUGCUGCAUAUUUGAAAAACAAAAUUGUCACACUCCUUUGUUUGUAUUCGAGUGGAUGUGUGUGUAAGGUUCUGGUGCCACUACAACAGAGUGGCUUGGAGGAAGAGCAAAUUUUACCAAAGUCACUUCUGAUCAGACUUGUAGCAUCUGGCACUAUUCAUAAAGGAACUUCAAUUGCCAUUCUUGAUAAAGAUCAUAUUGCCAUAACAGGAAGUCUGCAGUCCUCAGAUAGUAAUAUGCGAGAUUGUGUUUCCAUAUGGAAUAUAAAGUUUCAGACAUUGCAGGCUUCAAAAGAAUUGCCACUGGGAACCACUGGACAAUGUUGGUGUUAUGGAGACAAACUCUUCAUAACUCAUGGUAAGGAAUUAACAGUCAUCCUAUAUAAGUGUGAAACAUCCUCCUUGGCUGCUGCUGUUGGGAAAAUUAAGGAUACACAAACAUCAGAAAUGAAGACUCAGCCUGUGAACUGGAGUAUGCUUCAGGAAGAAGACCUGGUAUGGGUACAGCCAGAUCAGUCUUUACCUGCGAAGGGUGAAUCUAAGAGGCUGCUGAGGUCAAAAAAGAAUACUCAACUGGAGAACCUGACAACAGAACAGCUUCUUUUAAUGAUCAAGGAUUCUUCUCAGAAUAUAAUUGAAGAAAAGCUGCAAAUGUUUUUGUCUGGUACUCAGAUGGCAGACUUCCAAGCAUCAGUUGGAUGCAUAGUUUCAGCUCUUAUGGACAGAUGUAAAAUAGAGUCCUCAUUUUAUCCUCACAAUUGCCUGGUGCAGCUGGUUCAGACACAAGGUGUCUCUUACAGUAUGUGCCCAGACUUAAUGGCCAUUGCAUUGGAGAAAACAGAUGUUCACUUGUUACAACUGUGCCUGCAGCAAUUUCCUGACAUCCCUGAAGCAGUUACUUGUGCUUGUCUGAAGACUUUCCUCAGCAUUGGAGAUGACCGCCUUGAAGCCAUGAAUAUGAAUUCAGAUUCUGUAGCAGGUUGUGUUCAUAGUCAACACAACAACAAAAUGGAAAAACAAACAAAAAUUAUACAGAAUGGCUUCAGUUCUGAACUCAUGGAAGAAGAUGGCUGUGACACACAGUUAAUUCAGAAAUCUCAUGUGAUGGACACAAGUGAAAUAUGCCCUAUUGGACCACAAAAGGCAACGUUACUAAAUACCAUUCUUCGUUCAGCAUAUAGUGAAACAUUUCUUUUGCCUCAUUUGAAAGAUCUCUCUGCUGAGCAAGUUAUUUUAUUUCUCCGAUAUUUGCAGUACCUGCACAUGAAAUGCAGUGAAGAGGUUACUACAGACCUUUCUGGAAUAUUUUCUGUGACCAUAAAUCAGAUCAUGGACUGGAUCUGCCUCCUCCUAGAUGCUAACUUUACAGUUGUUGUGAUGCUGCCAGAAGCAAGAGGAUUGCUUUCUAAGCUACACAAGUUUGUUAGAGCCCAAGUACGCUUUUACUCUGAACUUAACAAGAUUGAAGGAAGCUUGAAGCAGUUACAGAGGAUACAGCAUCCAGAAGAUGGCUUAUAUUCCAUUGAAAUUCUCAAGCUUGUUUGAAUUUGGCACGUGUUCAUUAUAAAAUUGUUAUGAAUCUGU